AAACAAAGUAUUAUUGUCCCUUUCUCUCUGGACACCAAUUCCAAGCCUCACAUUACAAGAAGUAUUUUAUCUUAGCCUCACAUUACAAUUCCAACCCUUCUGAUUGCUUUCAAUAUAUUUCGCCGUUUUAUCCAAAAAAAAAUAAAUUUAUCUUAGCCCACUAGCAUGUACACUUUUUAACGUUUAUUCCAUAUGUUAUAUCAAUCAUAAUGUCCAUCUCUGAAAUCUCAUCACCUUCUUCUCCAGUAAAAGCUUGUUCAUUGCCUGAACCUGCAGGUGCUGCUUCUUCUCUGAGAAUUCAGUUAGUAUCUAAGUCAGUAUCAGAGAAAUUGCUGUACAAAUUCUCAGAUGUUUCAGAAUUUAACUUUGAUUAUACACAAAGUGGCUUGUGGUCUCCUCCUAUUCAGAUAAAUGCGUUCAUGAGCUCACCAGGAAGAAUUCUUACUCAACAUGAAAUGCUUGCAAAGCUAAGAAGUGCCUUGGCAGCUCAAGAACGUCGUAGAAGACGAUAUCGACUAUCUUUGAAUGCAUGUUUAUGUUCUCCGAAGAGAGAUUGAAGCUAAAGCUUGAGUUGAAUGGCAACCUUAGCCUUUUUGGAUUAACAUAACUUGAAUUGUUUCAUAGCUAGAUCCUAGAAACGUCUUCUUCUUUUCUUAUUCUCUUCUUCAUUCUCAACUUAGCAGGCAUUAAAUGUACAUGUAGAUUUUCAGGAAACAAAUACUGCUGUCUACAGCUUCUUUAGUUCUAUAUUUAUUUUUUUAUUUUUUUGACUGCUA